ACAAUUGUGGAAUGGAGUUAAAUACAAGCAGCUCUGCGAUUUUCUGGAGGGUAUCAAAUGAAAUAAACACGUUAUGUAUCUGGCGAAUCACGAACAAACGAGGCGGCAGAAUCCUAUUAAAAAUUAACGAAUUGCGCAUAAAUUCGCGGACAGGAUUUGUCAGAAUUUUAGACGGACCUGAUUGCGGUGCCGAAGUCGUUCAUGUUUUCCAGCGGGAUACGCCUAUAGUACCUCAGGAAAUCCAAGGAAAAUCAAACAGGAUGGUUAUUGUCUUCUCAGUAAGCGGUGGACCCGAGUCUACCAUCAACGUUACUUUCGUUUUGCAAAGCCCUUGCUUUCCCUCCCAUCCGACUGCAUCAAAUGGAAGCAUUGAACUUCGGCAUUAUCCACCCAAGAUGUUUUGUAGCGCUACACUCUCCACCCCAAAUGCACAAGGAAUUCGCUUGAGAUUUUUUGGUCUUGACCUGGAAUAUGACGGCUCGCACCUUUUGGACUACUUGGUCAUAUUUGACGGUCCGGACUGCAUGGCACCACGUCUUACGGUGGCGUAUGGACCAAAUCACCAACUUCCAUUCAGCUCUCGAAACAACAAAGUGUCGUUGUUAUUCAUCAGCGAUUAUUCAACCCAAAAUGCCGGUUUUCAUCUCAAAUACAGACCAGAAACGCUGAUAGACAACUGGAAGAAGAAUGAUAUCCUCGAUACUACCUCCCAGCACAUAUUACGUGAGUUACGCCUCUCUCUUUGGAAAUGUACACGCAUAACUUAA